AUGGUGGCUGAUAGUGAAAGUUACACAAACGUUGCUAGUUCUACAAUGGUGGAUUUCUUGAAACUUCCUACCACUUCUUAUGUUAAUCCUUACAAACUACAAUGGCUCAAUGAAUGUGGUGAGUUAAAAGUGACCCAACAAUGCAUGAUCAAGUUCAUGGUAGGAAACCACCGAGAAGAAGUUUGUUGUGAUGUCAUUCCAAUGCAAGCAUGCCAUUUGCUACUUGGUAGACCAUGGCAAUAUGAAAAAUCUACCAAGCAUGAUGGGAGGUUGAACACUUACUCACUUGUGCAUGAUGGGAAGAAGUUCACAUUACACCCACUAUCACCCUCCCAAGUGAAUAAGAUGCAUCAAAAAUUAAGAGAGUUGAAAGACAAGGGGGCAAAAGACAAGAAACCAAAAAGACGCAAAAAGGGGAGGUCUCAGGUUAUACCACUUCUAAGGGAGAAGUUACUGAUUAUAAGGCUCAAAAGGGUCAAUUACCCAUGGUUAUGUUGGCUAGGAUUAAGGAUUUGUUCAAGGAACAAGACAUGGACACUCCUAUUGCUCCUCCUAGCUCAUGCCCUUAAUACUAAUGUCUCUUCUUCUUUUUCUACUUUUUCUUAUUCUCUUACCCCUUCUAUUUCACUUGUUUUUCAUGAGUUUGAUGAUGUAUUCCCACAAGAAUUACCACAAGGAUUACCCUUGAUUCGGGGAAUUGAGCACCAAAUUGAUUUGGUGCAGGGUUCAAAACUUCCAAGCAAACCGGCUUAUAGGAACAAUCCCACGAACACUAAAGAGAUUGAGAGACAAGUUGAGGAGCUUCUCAACAAAGGCUAA